GGUCGGGUGCCGUUGUGUGGCUCAGGAUUAACUCCGGAUUGGGCGGCGGAGGCGGAUCCAGAUGAGGCGCCGUGCACAGAGGGAGCCCGCUCGGGAUCAGCCGGCUCCGGGCUGGGCAGGAUCCGGGUUCCCGGGCGGAGGCGGAGCUGCGGCGGGGAGGAUCCAAGGAGGAGCCGCGGCUGAGCGGCCAUCGCAGCCCGGACCGCGGCCCCGCUGCUGAGCCGAGCCCCAUGGCCUCCCGCCUCCUGCACCGGCUGCGGCAUGCCCUGGCUGGAGAGGGCGAGGGUGACCGGGAGGGACAGGGCGGAGGCGGCUCAGAGGCGGAGGAAUUCCCAGAGAGCUCCGAACUGGAGGACGAUACGGACGGGCUGUCCACGCGGCUCAGCGGCACCCUGAGCUUCACCAGUAAUGAGGAGGAGGAGGAGGAGGAGAAUGAGGAGGAUGCCGCUAGCCGGGAGCUGGGGCUGCCCAAGAACCCCGGAGCCAUGGAGAAUGGAGAUCAGAGCCCCACUCCAGCUGAGCACCUGGGUAGUAACCUACUGACACGCCAGCUCCACGACUUCUGGAGGAGAUCGCGCAGCAGCCUGGCUCCCCAGCGCCUGCUCUUUGAGGUCACCAGCGCCAGCGUUGUCAGUGAGCGCUCCUCCAAAUACGUGCUCUACACCGUCUACCUGAUCCGCUCCGGACAGUUUGACAAGGCCCCGGCCGCCAUUGCCCGGCGCUACUCGGACUUCGAGAGACUGAACCGGCGCCUGCGCCACCGGUUUGGCUGCGACAUGGCAGGCGUCUCCUUCCCCAGGAAGAGGCUCCGCAAGAACUUCACAGCAGAAACCAUCGCCAAGCGGAGCCGGGCCUUUGAGCAGUUCCUGUCCCACCUGCACUCCAUCACCGAGAUCCGCCGCUCCUCCGACUUCCUGGAGUUCUUCUUCCUGCACGACCUGCAGGCAGCACAGCGCCUCACCUGCAGCGGCAUGUACCGCGAGGCCCUGGCCACCUGGAGCAACGCCUACCGGCUCCAGGACAAGCUGGGCGUCUGCAGCUCGGGCCGCUUCCUCCUCACGCUGGCUGGCCUGGUGGUUUGCCACCAGGAGCUGGACGAGCUGAGCGAGGCUCAUCGCUACUGCGAGCAGGCUCUGCAGCUCCUGGAGGCCCAAGACAGCCACCCCUUGCUGGAGCCCUUCCUUCAGGCGCAUGUCCACCUGUCCUGGAAGGUGGGGAAAGACAAGCGCCAGUCGGAGGCCAGGCUGCAGGGGCUGCAAGGAACUGGGCUGGCUCUCCAGCAGCAGCCCACCCUGAAGGAGUUCUUGAUCAAGGAGGCUCUGGACUGAGUGCCCAGGCCCCCAGCACUGGGGCUGGGCGGGGACCGAGCAGCGUGGGUCUCGAGGAAGGAGGCUGCUUUGUUCAUUGGGACUGGAAGAGCAGCAGCGGCUGUAGGUCAGGGAUGGGGUGUGUCUUGAGCCUAGGCCUAGAGUGGUAGAGGGGGAGCUGCAGGUCAGGCUAAAUGUGCAGUGGCAGGGAUUUGUCUGUACGGUGCAGGGGGGAGAGCGGGACACUGGCAGAGGGGUGGGGCGGGGCCCUGGACUGGCCCAGCACCUGCCUGUCCUAGGACCUGUUCCCUUGGAAAUGUGCUUCUCCAAGUAUGCGAAAUGGUCCGUCCCCCGGUGCUGGGCGUGCAACCUCCCUGGUGCCAGGUCGACUCCUGGCUCCCUUAGGGGAGGGAGCUGCUGCUGGGCCAUAUUGAUACAGCACUAAAGGGAUUCGCUGGUGCCAGGCAGAGUCUGGGGCUCUCCUUGGGAACUUUUAACAAUACUUGAAGACUUGGUAGGAAAAGGGGCCGAAACUCCCCAGAGUGGGUUCAGAUUAGCCCUCCCCUGGCCCCAUUGCAAGGAGACAGCUCUCCAGCCUUUCAG